GGAGGCGGGCGCGGGCCCCGGCGGGGCGAGGCGAGAAGCGGCGGGGGACGCGGUGGCGCUCCAGGCGCCCAGCGGAAAAUUUCAAAAAUGUUUCAGAUUCCUGUGGAAAAUCUUGACAACAUCAGGAAGGUACGAAAAAAGGUGAAAGGCAUUCUUGUGGACAUUGGGCUUGACAGCUGCAAGGAGCUGCUGAAGGACCUUAAAGGCUUUGAUCCAGGAGAGAAGUACUUUUAUAACACAUCAUGGGGAGAUAUUUCUCUAUGGGAACCUUCUGGAAAGAAAGCGAGAUACCGAACAAAGCCAUACUGUUGUGGCCUCUGUAAAUAUUCUACAAAAGUGCUGGCUUCGUUCAAAAAUCAUUUACAUCGCCACCAUGAAGAUGAAAUUGACCAAGAGCUGGUGAUCCCUUGCCCGAACUGUGUGUUUUCCUCUCAGCCCAAAGUGGUGGGACGGCACUUCAGGAUGUUCCACGCGCCGGUUCGGAAAGUGCAGAGCUACACGGUGAACAUCCUGGGCGAGGCGAAGCCGUCCAGGAGCGACGUCAUCAGCUUCACGUGUCUGAAGUGCAACUUCUCCAACACCCUGUACUACAGCAUGAAGAAGCACGUGCUGGUCGCCCACUUCCACCACCUGAUCGGCUCCUACUUUGGCCUGCGAACGGAGGAAGCGGGCGAGCGACCCAGAACCGAUGACCCCCCUUCUGUGGAGAAGCCGCCGCCCGCUGACAAGUAUUUCUGUAAAAAAUGCAGCGCCAAUGCCAGCAGCCAGGAUGCAUUGAUGUAUCAUAUUUUGACAUCGGAUAUACACCGGGAUUUGGAGAACAAGCUCAGGUCCGUGAUUUCAGAGCACAUCAAGAAGACUGGACCUCUGAAGCAGAUGCACAUCGCCCCCAAGCCAGCUGCACACCUGGCCGUCCCACCGAGCAGCCCCGCCCCCGGCGUCCCCGCUGCCUCCCCUUGCUUUCGUCUCGCCUUGCCGCCAAGCAGUCAGGGCCAGGCCGUCGUCCAGCCCGGUCAGGGCGCGGUCCAGCCGGUGGCGGUGACCUCAGGCGCCUCCGGAAGCCUCACCCACUCUCCGCCCUCUGCUGCCCAGUCCCACGUAACUCUGGUCUCCAGUCCCCUGCCCGGGGGCCAGAGCGGUCUCACUCUGCCCCCCGCGGCGCCGCAGCCUGUCUUCCUGUCUCCUGGAGCCCCGCUUCCCCAGCCGGCAAACCCUCCCGUGUUGCCCCUGAGUCGGCCGGCGGGGCCUGUGAGCAAGUCUGUGGGAACGGGCGUCCUCCCCGUGAGCCAGCCCACCCGCCCCGGGGUCCUUCCCCUCAACCGGCCUGGGGGGCCUGGGGGGCCUGCGGGCCGCCCCGUCGGGUCCGGGGUUCUUGCGGUGAGCAGACCCGUCGCGCCCGCCGUCCUGCCGGUCAGCCCCUCGGUCACGCCCGGCGUCCUCCAGGCGGUCUCACCGGGGGUCAUUUCCGUGAGCCGGACGGUCCCGUCGGGUGUCCUCCCUGCCGGCCAGAUGACCCCUGCCGGGGUCAUCCCUUCAGGACAGACGGCGACUUCGGGGGUUCUCCCUGCUGGCCAGGUGGUCCAGUCGGGGGUUCUCCCCGUCGGCCAGACUGCCCCGGCAGGGGUUCUUCCCCCUGGGCUGACGGUCCCGCCGCGGCCGCUCCCCCCUGGCCAGACGGUCCCGCUGCGGGUUCUCCCUGCGGGCCAGGCGGUGCCCCCCGGGCUCCUCCCUCCCGGCCAGACGGUCUCGCCCAGCCUCCUCCCUGGGGGCCAGGGCGUGAACCCCAGCGUGCUGCGUCUCAGUCAGCCGGUCGUGUCGGGGGUUCUUCCGAUGAGCCAGCCGGGGAGGCCGGGUGUCCUGCAGCUCAAUCAGGCUGUGACCACCAGUGUCCUGCCCGCAAGUCAACCGGUGAGACCUGGUGCUUCCCAGAACACCACCUUUCUGACGUCAGGCUCCAUUCUCCGGCAGCUGAUACCUACAGGGAAGCAGGUGAACGGGAUUCCCACCUACACACUUGCCCCAGUGUCCGUCACGUUGCCUGUGCCGCCUGCAGGCGUUGCAGGUGUCACCCCGCCCCAGGUGCCCAUCCAGCUCCUGCAGUCGGGCGCGGCCGCCCAGAUGGCCGGCCCCGUGGCCGGCGUGCCCUCCCCGCCGGUGGUGGUGAACGCGGCUCCGAGCGUGUUCCUGCAGCCCUCCUCCCCGGUGGCAGAGGCGAGCCCGGGGCUCAAACAGGCGAAGCAGUGGAAAACCUGUCCAGUGUGCAACGAGCUCUUCCCUUCCAACGUCUACCAGGUCCACAUGGAAGUGGCUCAUAAGCACAGCGAGUCCAAAGCUGUUGAAAAACUGGAGCCGGAAAAGCUGGCAGCAUGUGCGCCGUUUCUGAAGUGGAUGAGGGAGAAGACGGUUCGGUGCCUCUCCUGCAAGUGCCUGGUCUCGGAGGAGGAGCUCAUGCACCACCUGCUGAUGCACGGCCUGGGCUGCCUGUUCUGUCCACGCACUUUCCAUGACAUCCGGGGCCUCUCGGAGCACAGCAGGACCACGCACCUGGGGAAGAAGAAGUUACCUGUGGAUUACAGUAACAAAGGCUUCCAGCUGGACAUCGAUGCCAACGGCAACCUGCUGUUCCCCCACCUUGACUUCAUCACCACGCUGCCAAAGGAGGAGCUGGGGGAGCGGGAAGUCUACCUGGCGAUACUGGCCGGCAUACACUCCAAGUCGCUCGUGCCCGUGUACGUCAAGGUGAGGCCGCAGGCCGGGGGCCCGCCUGGGGGCCCCAGCCGGCAGGCGCUGACCUGCCCUUUCUGCUUUGGCACCUUUCUGACAACCGAGGCGUAUGAGCUGCAUUUGAAGGACAGGCACCACAUCACCCCGACAGUGCACACGAUUCUGAAAUCUCCCGCUUUCAAGUGCAUCCACUGCUGCGGGGUUUACACUGGAAACAUGACCCUGGCGGCCAUCGCCAUCCACCUGCUGCGCUGCAGGAGUGCCCCGAAGGACAGCAGCUCGGACCUGCAGGGGCAGCCGGGCUUCAUCGAGAACGGCGAGCUGCUGCUGGUCAACGGCGAGGUUGUGCACGACGCCAGCUUCCCCGUGAAAAGGAAGCUGCCGGACGGCCACGCGGGGGCCGAAGACCAGCGGGAAGGGGAGCCGCGGCCUCCGGUCAUAAACACGGAAGCGGCCCCGGCUCCGGAGAAGGUAACGAGUGUCGUGCCUUUUAAACGACAGAGGAACGAGAGCAGGACGGAGGGACCGCUGGUGGUUAACGACGACGCGCUUCAGAUUUUAGCGUUAAAUCCCAAGAAGUACGAAGACCGUUCUUAUGAAGAGAAGAAGCAAUUUCUUAAGGAUUAUUUCCACAAGAGACCAUAUCCUAGUAAAAAGGAAAUAGAGCUGCUAUCCUCACUCUUGUGGGUGUGGAAAAUUGAUGUGGCUUCAUUUUUUGGGAAAAGAAGGUAUAUUUGCAUGAAAGCAAUAAAAAGUCACAAGCCUUCUGUCCUUUUGGGCUUUGACAUGUCUGAACUUAAAAACGUUAAACACAGGUUGAACUUUGAGUAUGUACCACAAAACUUGUAAGAAAGAAAUUAGGAAAGUAGUAGUUUUUACAAUUGAGAUUUUUUUAAAAUGUUAUUUUCUUCACUGUAUGUUGAACUAAUCAAUUUCAGUGGUCUUUAUGCUGCUCUUUAGAUGUAUUUCAGGUGCUGAGCAAGACUUCCAUAUGAAGACGUGAUAGUUCAUUCAAAGUUACUAUUCGCUGCAUUUGGAUUUUGUUAGUUAUUUUUAGUUUUUUUUCCUCUGUCAAGUAAAUUAAAUAUUUCGAUGUUUCAUGCACGCCUUGCUUUCCCAGUAGUGUCAGGAUUGUACGAUAAAAAUUGAAAUCUACGUUUCUUUUUUCAUUUAAGGAAAUUUCAGCUUGUCUCAGAAUUCUUAAUUAACUGCAAAUUAACGCUUUGGUCUCCCUCAGCUUCACAUGUAGCUGCAAGUGAUGCAGUGGACGUUCAGCGAUGUGAGCGCAGACCCUGUGACGUGUGCGGCUCCCACAGGCGCACGGCAUCCACUCUGCUGAUUACUUCCUUGUGAGAUACUUGCUUAUUGGGUUAUAAUUUUCAUUUACUUUAUUUCAGGCUUGUCCCAGCCAUUUUUCAUCGUAACUCAUAGAAAAUCCAGUGUUUUCAUUCGUUAAAAAAUACCUGAACUCUGGUAUUUUAGCUCAUAAGUCAAGAGUUAUUUUACAAAAAAAAGUAAUUCUGUAGGUACAGAAAUACUUUUCAGUGUAGACUAUCCCUCUUUUUGAUAUGGUGAUAAGUCAUGUUUCCAUUCAAAGGUGGGACAAUAAAUCUUUAGUGCCUUUAGAGUGAACACUGAAAAUACACAAACCCUUCUACUAACCUAGCUGUUAAACCAUGAAAGGGAGGACAAGGACCAAGUUACUCAGGAAUAAAAUUUUUACCCCUGAGUGGAUACUGAAGUGGAAAGGUAGGUUUUCAGGGGCGAGGGGAAGCCAGCAGACCAAGAGCUGAGUCCCGUGGUUGGGGCGUGUGUUUUUGACAGUCCCUAGGAGUCGGCCUGUCUCUCCAGGGGAAA